AUGUAGGAUACCGCGUUGGGGCUUGAAACGGAGACACGCUGGUAGUUUAUUUUUUUAGAACUUUUAUCUUUAGUUUUAUUUAUUUCGUUUGAAUUUCUCAUAGAUAGCGAGAGCAGAGGCCGCCCAUCGAGCUGAACAUCUUUGGAGAAGAACUGAACGGGCUCAGGAAACGAGGCACCCCAUCAUAACUUUUGCUUUGUCGUUGAACACAUUCGCGAAAUAAUGUCUGUCGCCUACUCGGAUUAUUUUGCCGCCGAGUGUUUGGUGUCGAUAUCCAGCGGACCCGUCCUCCACCGACCCACCCCGGUGUCUGGUGCGGCUCAGGCCCCUGCUCGGGGCCUUUCUCCCGGGGAGCCAGACGGGUCGAGCGAGGACAGGGAGGUGCGGGAGACGCUCCGGUUAGAGGGGGCCAACAUGAUGACGGUGGCGGAGAUCCUCACGGACCUGCAUGGCAAAUUUCGUCCUAUGUCGGCCUACUCCGAGAGCAGCAACUCGUCGUGCGGAGAAAGCGGCUACACCACGUUGUCUGACUCCACCACCCCGACCAUGACCCCCUCUGCCACCCCUGUCCCGGGACAGUACAAUAACACCCCCCAGCAGGCUUGGGGAGGAGGGGGACCCCGGUCGCCCACCAAGCGUCACCCCUGUACUUUCGACGGGUGUGACAGGGUGUACGGGAAAUCAUCCCACCUGAAAGCGCACAUCAGAACACACACAGGCGAGAGGCCCUUUCCGUGCACCUGGCCUGACUGUGAAAAGAAGUUUGCCCGAUCUGACGAGUUGGCCCGGCACCUUCGUACCCACACGGGCGAGAAACGCUUUCUGUGCCCGCUCUGCGACAAGCGCUUCAUGCGCAGUGACCAUCUCAUCAAGCACGCCCGUCGGCACCCCAACUUCCACCCCUCCUUGAUCAACCGGAAGGGCUUGGCUCAGGGAUCUGCCUCAACCCCGCCAGCUGUUGCAUCAGAGUACACCAGCACUGCCUUAUAGACACGCCCACUGCCUCACCACUCCUCUCCGGGACCUCGUCAUACCCUUGCCGUCUGCAAUAUGACCACCACCUCGGCUUGAUUUGAUCACGUGCAUGCUGGGAUCCUUUUAAGCUCAGUUCUCACUUCCUCAGGCCAAAAUUAAGAACUUCCCCACGUCUUCCUCCGAACCCCUUCGCCCAACCAGAGAUGACCAAAAUGGGCAAAGGAUACACAAAAUGCUCAAGCACAUUCCCCUACAAAGAGCCUGAGUCAUGUGAUUUUAUAUUAUAUAUAUAUAUAUCUAUCGUGACUGACAAAUGAUGCAGAAUACAACUUUGGCCUUAAAUUGUGCCAGCUUUUGGUGGAAUAUAUUGUAAACUUUUAAUUUAUGGUGAUCUAGGCAGAAAUACGUAAAAACAGUAAAACAGCAUUUUUGUUAAUACAUCCUGACAAAAUUACCGCCAGCAUUAGCACAAUGUUUUCCAACAAACAUUUUGUUGUUAUCCGUCAUCUAGUUGUAUCACUUGUCAGCCACUUUCAAAAGGAUGCAUUAUGGUUUAAGGGAACGUUUUCCUGUUUAAAAGCCUUUUUAUUUUUUUUUAUUUUUUUUUUUAAACAGUUAAUUCAUCUAUUUUCAAAAAUUUAGCACAACCUUUUAGUCAUGCCUUUUUGAAUAGUCAGAAUAUCAAACCCUCUCUGGUGCUGUUGUUUUGCUUUUCCAUUCAUGCUGUAUGAUACAAUAACCAGAAUGAAUUGAAUAAUUAUUGCAAAUCAUUUUUGUAUUACUCACAACAUUCAGCUAAACCAAUGAGGUUUAAAGGGAUAGUUCACCCAAAAAUGAAAGUCCUCCCAUCAUUUACUCACCCUCAUGCCAACACACAUGUGUAUGACUUUCUUAUGCUGAACACACAUGAAGAUUUUAUACAGGAUAUAACAGGUGUUGGUGAGAAACAGAUAAAAAUUUAAGUCCUUUUUUCCCCCCUUUACUCUAAAUCUCCAUUUUCACGUUUACAUCUGAAUGGCACAUGUGGUGCCUGUUUAGUUUCACUUUCACUUCUGAAAGUCAAAGUGGAGAUUUAGAGUUAAAAAAAAAGGACUUAAAAGAUCUUUUUCUCACCCACACCUAUUAUAUCCCUUCUGAAGAUAUGGAUUUAACCACUGGAGUCUUAAACAUUACUUCUAUGUAUCCUUUAUGUGAUUUCUGGAGCUUAAAAGGCCUGAUCUCUGUUCACUUGCACUGUCUGGAGUACAGGGCUGAGAUAUUUUUCUAAAAAUCUUCAUUUGCGUUCUGCUGAAGAAAAAAAGUCAUACACAUCUGGGAUGGCAUGAGGGUGAGUACUUGAGAGAAUUUGGAUGUCAAGGUUUUCUGUUCCUAAGAAUACUAAUAAUAUUCUUGACACCCAUUGAAACUUAACAUUUGAUGGUAAAUGAAACUGAAAUGGCUAGCGAGUUCCUUUAAGGUAGAAACAUUGCCUGUAAAUAUGUUUCCUCAUGUUUCCUCAGCUUUUUGUACUGAAAUGGUUAAUCGUAAUAAGUUAUUGUCAUUUUUUGCUUAUUUCCUUUUGUUUUUUAUUAGCAUCAGCAUGGCAUCUGAAAUAUUUGGCUUUAAUUAUUAUUAUUAGACCAUGCAUAUAUUAUUAUUGUUUUCCACUUGGAGGAACUCUUUUGUUUGUUCAUGUAAUGUUGACAUGUUUGUACAUGUUGCGAUGUCUAAUAGUAAUGUGGAUAUGUGUAGAUGAAUAUCUAUGCCUGCAGCUUCAAUGGACAAGAUGUUAUUAUAUGAGCUACUAGAAGUAAUACUUAUACACAUUAUAUUAGGGGUGACAGUACUCGCUUGAAUAGAGUAGUUCAGCUUGUGCGUGAAUGUUUGUGUGUAUGUAUAUUCAUGCAUGAGAGAAGGGGAAGCUAUCUCUCUCUUUCCCUCCAAACUGUCCCGCCUGCAGAGUGGACCUCUUACAACUAUCUCAGAGAACAAAGAAUACAUCAGGAUACUCAGAAAGCCUUAAAAUCCUUUGAUUGUUUUGCACCAUUGUUUACUGUUUUAUAUUUUCUACAGGUGUGCCGCCAGGCACGGAUUCUCUCAACUAAAGAAAUACACAUGCAAUAUUGCACUUUUUCUUACUGGUAUUGUCAAUGGAAUACAAUUCAUGCUAGUGUGAUGGGUUACACUGUAGAGGUGCUACUGCAUUGUGCUUCUACAAAAUGAACACUGUGGAAGGGGACCUGUCACUAUAAAUUGAUACAUUAGUCUAAUUAUGCACCUUUGUCCGAGUGCUUAAACCAGUGUGAGAACGGACAUAAGCAAAAUGGACUUGGAUUUUUGUGGACUUUUCAGUUUCGUCUGUUUUUUUUUGCAUUUUGUAGUACCGGGUCAUUUAUGACCGGUUUAACGUCAGACUCUCACAGUUAUUUCAGUUAUGGAUACAAACGCUCUGCCUUGCAAAUGUGUUGUUAAUGUCAUUUGUCUUGUGUCUUCCCUUUCUGAUUCUAAAAUACAGAUACGUUUUUUGUAUUGGUUAAUGAUACAUUUAGGCUGAAAACUCUUUUGUCUGUGCUAUUCAUGCAAUAUCCAUAGUGCUUUAGGUAGCUGCUGGCAGUUAUCUGAAGUGCGAUGAUAAACUUUGCGUUCUCCGCUACAAUUACAGAACCAAACUAGAAUAUUAUCAAAGACUAUCUAUUCGUUCUGUAGCAAAUUAAAUUAUGUAAUUGUUAAAUGCUUUGUAUGUUUGGGCAUUAUCUAAAAGGGUUCUCUCUUUAGAGCUGUUUUGCUGUCGUCUCGUGGUUUCAGCUGUCUGUGGAUCUGUUGUACUGCGUUUGGCUGAUGCACUAUGACAUCAAUGGUACACUGUGUUAGGCUGCAGUGGGCUUUGUAUCUGAUACUAAACAGUCUUUUGAUUUUCACUUACAAUGUCCUCAUUUAGCAGUCCGGAUCCAACUGAUAUCCUCCCAUUUUACCAAACACAUUUGCAGCUAGUGCUCUGGACAGGCGAUGCUAUAUCACAAACCACUGGAUCAAGUCUAAUUUGUUUGUAUUUGUGUUUUGUGGUCUUUAAGUUCAAUUAUUAACUUUUCUACUGUUUGGUUUGUUUUACUUGAGUCACAUUUCUUAUGCUUUGAAGUACUGCUCUGUUUACAUACUAUAGAUGUCUAUAAAGUAUGCAGUCUUCUAGAUAGAGUUUAGGACGGAGCCCAGAUAUCUGGUAUAGCUUAGCAAUCAUAUAGAGAAGAAAACUAGUAUUAUAUAGUUCCUUCGGGAGAAAUGCUGCAUCAUUUGCUGUGUUUGAGGCAUCCGGUCUCUGUGUAUCAAAUUCAAGUGAAUUGAGACGCGUGUGAGUGUGGUUGCUUUUAAUCAUGCCACUAGAUCGAGAGUUUAGAGGACUGACUGUAUUCUGAAAACUGUUUUGUUGCUUGGUGUACAAUCUAGACCUUGUCCAUCCUUAAGUUUCCUCACACUAACCUGAUAAUGCACUGAUUGGCAAAUUGUCUAUGGUAAUCACACUAAAAGGACGUCUGAUGAGAUCUGUUUUAGGUCUCAAUCUACCUAUAGCCAUGUCUUCUAUCAGUGGACCAGCGGGUUUUGUCAAGACAAAAGCUUGCGUGUAUCCUCCUCAGGUGAUAAAACUUGAUGCUGAAAACCUCUUUAAAAAAAUGUUUUUAUUUGCUUUGAAUUGCAUUAUUCCGCAAAUUUGUAUUUAUUACAUGCUUUUGUUUCGGUGUACUUUUAAGAUUGUUUUUGUUUUUCAGUACUUAUGGUAUGAGACUUGACUAAUCAUUUGAUUUGUUGAAUUGAUCCAUUGUUUGCUUCCAACAAAAACCCUCCAGUGCUUUUUAAAUAAUAAAUAAACAGAU